AUGGUGGCGAGCAAAUCCUCGUGGAGCCAGGUUGUAAAAAAUACCAGGCCAACAAACCUGUCCAUUCCCGCAAGAAACCUCAAACAGCAAGACCUUGGAGCUGUGAUAUUUGGUUGCACUAGCAAUACCAUUGCAGAAUGUCACACACAACUUUUUGGAUUGCCAAAAGGACAUAUUUCGUAUGUACGAAACAUUAAGGAAGGACUACCUCUCUUCCUCUUCAAUUAUGAUGAUCGCAGACUGUAUGGUAUUUACGAAGCUGCAGGGAAUGGCAAGUUCUGUCCUAAAUCAAAUGUAUGGUCACAUGAUAGCAAGGGCAAAACAAGCUUUCCUGCCCAGGUUGCAAUGCGGGUAAGGGUGUGGUGUUUUCCGCUAGCAGAGAAUCAGUUCAGAAAUGCUAUUAUAGCCAACUACUACCAGAACAUACCCGGUGUCCCUGGCCAGAAGCUUCAUUUUUUCAAGUUUGAAUUGGAUCAUGCUCAAACACGUGUUUUGAUGGAUAUGUUCACUCCUCCUUCUCCCUCUCCUUCUCCUCCCAACAAUUUCUGGAUGCCCCCUGCCGCAGCACCAGCUGAUGAGCAUGGGAGAGAAUUAGUGCUGUCACCUGGAUGGGCACCAGAGUGUGAGGGGAACAAUAACCUCAAAUCAGAAAAGCUCGUAAAGUCAUAUGCAGACACAGUGAAGAAGAACAAUUUUGAGGAAGUUGGGAUAAGAGAUGUGGAUGCGGAACAUGCAAGCUCAGGUAAUGAAUCUUCUGGUGGUUUCGAUGAACUGGAUUGUCAAUACACAUCACCAGAGAGGGAGGACUAUGCACUAUCAGUUAGGGUGGUUCCAAUGCAACAACGGGCCUGUUUGGUUCCCUGUCUCCACCCUGGCCAGGCUCCACGGGGCUAA